AUGGAGAAUGGACUUUUCCUGAAGGACUUGAUCUUGGCCACGUGGAACGUGUGGCUGUUUGGGGCCUUUGCUGGAGCCCUCCUAUUGCUCUUUGCGCUCUCCUGGAAGGCCACCGAGCAGGAUUUUGAUGAGUCAGAGAGCAGCAGGGAUGAGAGCUCCUCCAGCAGUGACAAGAGCUCCUCCAGCAGUGAGGAGGAAGAGGAAGCCCCCAUCAAUGACUGGUGUCUGGAAAGAUUUCUCAUGCAGCAACUGCAGUUGCCAGUGCUUUGCCUGAGCAGUACACGCAAGGUGGUGGAGGAACUGGUGGGCGACCUGCUCCAUGCCUGCCAUCUGAUCAGCUUGAAGACUGCUCUGCUAGAGCUGGAACCAUGCAUUGGGGUGGGGAGCGUGUUUGAAGGCUGGAGCCUCCAGGGGGACAUCGUCUACAGCCUGCUCGUGCCCCUGAGGCCACCAAGCGGGCACUGCUUCCAACUGGAGCUGGGCACUGGCAGGGAGUUGCUGGCAAGGCACAGCCGUGUUCACGUGGAGCUGGAGAGCGUGUGCUCAAGGCAGCGGCUGCUGGGCGACGUGCGAUGCUUCGUGCACCAGCUCGAGGGUGAUCUGGGUAGAAAUGGGGGCCCCUGCCUCCUCCACUACCUGUGCAGCAGCCCCUGCCUAGAUGUGGAGAAAACGGCCCGUUGGCUCCAGCUAGAGGCAGAGGCCGGCUUCACCUGUAGCACAACACAGCUGGAGAGCUGCACUGUUCCAGAGAUGCUGUUCUUCAGGUUUGUGGCCAGGCAACCUCUCCAGGACACCUGCCACUUGACAUAUCUGAAGCUCUUUGCCCAUUUCCUGGAGGGGGGCACAGACUUUUCCACCUACUACUUGAAAACAGUGCUGAUGCACCUCUCACUCAUAUCUUUGUCAGUCUGUCAUAGAAGGGAUCUCUUGGAGCGGGUGGAUAACAUCCUGUAG